AUGGAUCCCUUGCUACUGCCCGCCGACAGGCUGCCCAGUGACCCCAAACUAGAUGAACUUGACAUUGAGGUCGUGCUGUUUGAGAGGCUGUGUGAUGAUGAGGAUGAUGAUGAUGAGAAGGAGGAGGAGGAGGAAGAUGAUGAUGGUGAUGAUGGAAUGAUGGUGAUGGCGAAAAAAUGUUGUGCCAAUAAUUACUAUUUUAUUUGGUUCUCUAGCAAUGAGCUGCUGUUCGCGAGCUCUUGUAACUUGUCCGCUAUCUGCACUCUUUUCUGGCUUAGUUCAAGUCUGCAGGGUGAUGAUGGCGAAAAUGAGUAUGACAAUGAGUAUGACGAUAAGGAUGAUGAUGAGUAUGACGAUGAGUAUGACGAUGAUGAUGUUUAUGGUGGUGGUAAUAACAAUAACGACAAUGAUGGUAAUGAUGGUGAAGUUGAUGAUGGUGCUGCUGCUGAUAACGAUGACGAUAAUGGUGGUAAUGAUAAUGGCGCAAAUGACGGAAAGGAUGUUGAUGAUGAGGGUAUCGGUAGAUAA